CUUGCCUCGUCUCCACCAAUCGUCUUCUUGCUCGUAGUCAUCAAGAACAUACUCCUAUACAAAUGUCUUCUGGACUGACCGGCACUGCGGAGAAGGCCGGAGAGAUGCUCAAUAAGCUCGUUGAUGCCGCGGAGGACUUCGUGGACGAGAUGAACCCGACGCAUGAGGACGAGCAGGAGGGUGGUGCAGAAGGAGCUGAGGAUGGCGACGCCGACGCCAUGGCUGCGCGAAAGAAGAAGCUGGAGGAACUGCGGAAGAAAAUGAGGUCGUCAGCAAAAGCCAACCGCGCAUCCGUCAUCGAAGAGAGUGCAAAGGCGAAAAUGACAGCUCGCGAGGCGGCGCGGUUAGAGAGGCAGCGCAAGCUUGCGGAGACCUUGAGGCAGAAGGCGGAUGCGGAAGAGCGGGGUGAGGACAUGGAGCGGCAGAAGAAUUGGGAGUACACAAUCGAGGAGAACGAUGAAUGGGAGAAGAAGCUGGCGAAGAAGGCGAGGCGCGCGGAUUUCUCGUUCAAUGAUGAUGCGGAUGCUGCGAGGCGAAAGUACAAGAAGGACUUGGAUCACCUCAAGCCUGACCUCGAGAGUUACAACAGGCAAAAGGAGAUCGCACUUGGUUUAGCUGCUGGAACGUUGACAAAACAAGGGCAAGCGAGUGGCUCGUCAGCUGUCACCGCCUUUGACCCGUCAAGUGGUGUUAUGACAGGACCCACGAGCCUUCAGCAACAGCUCGCCGCUGAAAAUCUCUACCGAGACGCGAACAGCUUACUAUAUGCUGAUAACAAGCCAAGUGAAGACGCGAUUGACCGUGUCAUCAGCAAGAUCAACAAAGAUGUCGACAAGAAGAGCAAGUUCUCGAGGAAGCGGCACAACGAGGACGAGGGAGACAUCACCUACAUCAAUGAGCGCAAUCGUGUAUUCAACAAAAAGAUUGCGCGGUAUUACGACAAGUACACUGCGGAAAUUCGCGCUAGUUUCGAGCGCGGAACCGCGCUAUGAUGUUUCCCAUGAUGUAUGCUUGUUUGCUGGACACUCGGUGUAUUCGUUUUGUCUCCCGUGUACUAUAGU